CAAAUUCCCCUUACCUUUUUGCCCAUUCUGUUUCAUAGUACUUCAAUCCCAUAUGCUUGUUGCCUUGUACUACCCAAACCCAUAUGCUUGUUGCCUUGUACUACCCAUGUAGAGUAGGAGCUAUAUCCAUUAGCUCAUCUCCUCUUCCUCUCUUGGGUCUCCAGCUCGGUUUCUCCCUCGCUGCAUCGCCCGCGUUUCAAGCGGCAGCAGGAGCAGCGGCAGUUCGCGAUCUCGCUGCGUUCGCGUACGGGAUUUGAUGAUGUCGGAUCAGAUGGAUUCCGGUAUAAAGCUCUUCGGGCGCGUGAUCCCGUUGGCCCCCGAGGCAGCGUCUGGGCCGCCGGAAGCGGAUGCAGCGGCCGGCUCCGACCACCCGCCGCCGCCGCCGCCGCCGCCGCCGCCGCCUCCUGAGUUGCAGACAGCAGCGCCGGCGGAGGAGGCUGAGGAAGAGGCUCAUAAGGAUCAACACAAAGAAACAGAAGACAAAGAAGAUAGUGAAAUGAAGGUUGAUGUGCCACCAGAGAAAGAAAACAGAGGAAUCGAGGGUGAUGCACCACGAGAGAAAGAAGGUAAUGAAAUGGAAGUUGAUGCACCACAAGUGAAUGAAAAUGCAGAACCAGACAGUUCAUCUACAUUGGACCAUAAGAAAGAUACCCAGGACCAGAUAAAUAGUGCUGAAGAUAAAGCAGACCCAAAGGAGUUGAAUGAGAAGACAGCAAACGAAGAAUCAGACCAGGAUAAGGUGCUUAAGAAGCCAGAUAAGAUUAUACCUUGCCCUCGGUGUAACAGUAUGGAUACAAAGUUCUGUUAUUACAACAACUACAACAUUAAUCAGCCUAGGCACUUUUGUAAAAAUUGCCAAAGGUAUUGGACUGCAGGGGGCACUAUGAGGAAUGUACCUGUCGGUGCUGGGAGGCGCAAAAGCAAGAAUUCAUCAUUGCACUACCGUCAGUUGUUGAUGGCCCCUGAUUGUAUGAUGGGGUCCAGGGUUGACAUCUCUAACACAGUGAACCCAGAAGUCCUUGCAUCUCUGCCUACUACCCCGACAAAAUCAACCAGUAGAAAUGAAACAGUUCUCAAAUUUGGGCCUGAGGUACCACUUUGUGAAUCCAUGGCAUCAGUGCUGAACAUCGAAGAGCAGAAUGUAAUCAAUGCUGGAUCAGUACCAAUAGGUGAAGCUAGGGAAGUUAACUCCUGUGCCUCUUCUAUGACAUCACACAAUGGGUUACCUGAAAACGCAGUCCACGUUGAUAAGAACGGAGCACCAGUUUACUGUGGUGGAGUUGGCCCGAUGCCUCCGUAUUACCUUGGAGCUCCUUUCAUGUACCCUUGGAGCAUAGGAUGGAACAACCUUCCUGUAAUGGUGCCGGGUGGAAGUAUGUCCGAGUCUGCUUCUCCGUCAGAAAGCUGCAGUACAAGUUCAGCUCCAUGGAUGAACUCCCCAAUGAUGCCAGGCUCAAGGCUGCCUGCACCAGCAUUUCCAUAUCCUCUUGUGCCACCAACCCUUUGGGGGUGCUUACCAAGCUGGCCAGCCACGGCAUGGAAUGCACCAUGGAUUGGAACUAACGGUUGCAUAUCACCAUCUACAUCAAGCAACAGCAGCUGUUCUGGCAAUGGAUCUCCUACUUUGGGAAAGCAUUCUAGGGACUCCAAUCCAUUGAAAGACGACAAAGAGGAGAAAUCAUUGUGGGUUCCCAAAACGCUCCGCAUCGAUGACCCUGACGAGGCAGCAAAGAGUUCGAUAUGGGCAACGCUUGGCAUCAAACCUGGGGACCCUGGCGUCUUCAAGCCUUUCCAAUUCAAGAGCGAGAACAAGGGCCAGACAACAGAUGUGCGUCCUGCUUGUGUUCUACAGGCAAAUCCUGCAGCGUUUUCUCGGUCACAGUCGUUCCAGGAGAGCUCUUAAGCUCACUCCUGUUUGCUUGUCUUAUAUUUUGGCCAACACAAUUUGUACUGUAGUAAACUGUACAUGUGCUAUAGUUUUACGGUAUGCUAAAAGAUCAAAGGAGAGCUUUUGAAUAGCCACUAACCGGCAGUGGAGCUUGCAAAGAGCUUUCAUGGGAACUUCCUAGAGAUGUGUAUGUAUUUGUAAAUACUUGAAAAACUGGUUAUGUACGACUUUAAGUCUGGACAAACAUUGCUACUGAUGACAACUAUUUAUAGUAUCAAAUAAACCGUUUGAAAUGUCCAGCACA